AUGUACGGCUUCGCCCUGCCUGUGCUGUGCCUGCUGCUGGCCGACGCCUUCUACCUGGCCAAGAGCGCUGUCGUCAUCCGCUACACCGUCAGCAUGCAGGUGGACAAGCGCGUGCGGGACAAGAUGCGUCGCAAGCGGCGUCUGCAGCUGUGCCUCUUCGUCAAGGUGGCGGCCCUGAUCGGGUCGGUGGCGGCGCUGGGCGCGCUCGCCAAGCUGACGGGCUCCAACGCCUUCUGGGUGGCGUUCAACGUGGGCCACGGCCUGCAGGGCAUCGCAGUCGCGCUGUGCGUCACCUGCAACUGCCAGGUGCUCAAGAUCUACACGCGCACGCUGCGCCGCCGCCACCGCCGCUGCCCGGCGCACUACGGCGCGGGCCUGGCCGGCAAGCCCUGCAAGCCCUCCACAGACCUCUCCAAGUCCACCAGCCUGCAGCUGCUCACGUGGGAGCCCGCGCCCGACGCGGUCUAA